AUGCGCACUUAUUCCAAGCGCACACGAGGAAGCAAUCAAGAUUUCUCCAUCAAGAGACAACGUGUUGAUUCUUCAGAAUUCAUAUCAAUUUCUUCUCCAACAGGUUCUGAAUCAUCUUUACCUUCCAAAAAUCACUCUUCGGAUAGACCCGAAGGAAAAACUCAAUCUCCUCUGGCCAGUUCGCCUACAAAGCGUUGUUCAGAAGACACUAGAGAUCCUCCUUCAACGAAAUCACGCGUUUUAUCUCCUCAAUCCGGCAGAUCCAUCUCUCCUCUCGCCAAACUUAAGUUAAACUGUCAAAAUCAACGCGAUAAUGGUAUCGUCAACUCCGAUUUACCUGAUCUUUUGAAUCCCAAAUCUUCAACGAAGAUCAAAGACAACAAACUCACUUCUACCAAAGUGACCUUGAUUUCUACCCCGAGUUCACCAUCCAUCUCAAGAUCUAGCUCAAGAUCUAAGCAUAAUAACGUCAUCACUACAACAAUUCCAUCUUUUCCUACCCUACAGUUGACUUCUUCGAUAAGGAGAAAUCUCGCUUCGAACAACACUAGUCUUGAUUUAGAUUCUCUACUACAGAAUACAAACAAGAUUACCACACUGAUUUCGAAAGAGAAUCUUGUUACUCUCUUGUCAAAGACCAUAUUAAAGGACGACACUGUUACUUCAGAAUCCCAGUUAGUGGAGAAAGUCAACAGAUCUUCAAUUCGAAGUUAUUUCAAACCAUUGCCACAACCACAACGAUCUUCGAGUCCUUUGAAAUCUCAAUCUUCUAUACUCUCAGAUCCACCUCAGCAACCAGUGUUAUCUCCUCCUUCAUCACCUCCUUCAAUACCUCAAAAUCCUCUCGUCUCAACGAGAUCAAAAUCUAUUCGGCGUCGCAUUAGCACGAAACCGAACUUACCAAAUAUCAACACGAUGUCUGAUAUUUAUGAAGGCGAUAUGCAAGAACUCGGCGGAGACUUUACUGAUGAUGCACGAGUUGAAAUGAUGGAACGAUACCAUGAUGCUCAAGAUAUGAGAGAUCAUGCUAUCAUCGACCACGGCACUCUUCUACCUCUCGACGAUCAAGCCCUCGAUAUCCCAGAACGUGCAAAUCUCAGAGCCGAAAUCGCCCGCCCCAUGGGUUUCGCUCUUCACCAGCAAAUUUUAGAUCUGGGACAAUCCUUCCAUAACAAGUGUCCAAACUGUGGUAUGCAGUAUGCCAUCAACGUCGCCAACGAUCAACGCUUGCACGACCAAUUCCACAACAUCUUUCGCAUGGGAGGACCUAUUUUCAAGCCAAAAUACGUCAAUACCCAAGUCUGGACCAAGGUCAUCAACGGCGAAAAACAUAGCAUUCAAGCCAUCAGUAAUAAAGAAUCCAGCCCCAUCCGAAAUCUCGUCGAGAGUAUCCUCGAAGCUACUCUAAUGGAUAUGGAUGGCACGUUACCAUCUUCCGAACACCUCUGGUCCAUGAUCCCCAGCCCCAACGAUCCCAAAGAUCUUAUUCCUGUACCCCGCUACAAGGUCUUCCUCUAUCUCAUCGGCGCCCGUCCAAUCGGUAUUCUCCUCGCCGAGCGAAUUGGCAAAGCAAACGCUAUCAUGACCAUGACCACAACCGAGACCGAAAACAUCACCUCUUCCAUCUCCCUCCCGACUCUUCCCACCAAUACCUCACAAGAGGCAUACAUGUGCAUCGACCGACUCUGGGUGCACACUGAUUUCCGCCGACAAAACAUCGCCACAUCACUUGCAAACCAGGCCCGAGAGAAAUUCAUCCCUGGUUUAAUUAUUGACAAGAAGGAAGUUGCAAUUAGUCAACCGACUUCUGUUGGAGCAGAGUUUGCGGAAAAGUAUUUUAGGGGUGUCUUAGAGGAUGGAGCGAGGUAUUUAAUUGCUUCUGUUUGA